ACGAGACAGAGCCAGGAUUCAAACCCAGGUAGGUGAGCUCGUGAAACAAUAUGAAGAGGAGAAAAUAGCCUUUUAAAGAAAUUGGCCCACAGAAAGGAUGGCCUUCUUGGACAAUCCAACUAUCAUUCUAGCUCAUAUUCGACAGUCACAUGUGACCAGUGAUGACACGGGAAUGUGUGAGAUGGUUCUCAUUGAUCAUGAUGUUGACCUAGAGAAGAUUCAUCCUCCUUCAAUGCCUGGAGACAGUGGGUCAGAAAUUCAGGGAAGCAAUGGUGAGACUCAGGGCUAUGUAUAUGCCCAGUCAGUCGAUAUUACCUCAAGUUGGGACUUUGGUAUUAGAAGACGCUCAAACACAGCUCAAAGAUUAGAACGACUCCGAAAAGAGAGACAAAACCAGAUCAAAUGCAAAAAUAUUCAGUGGAAAGAAAGAAAUUCUAAGCAAUCAGCCCAGGAGUUAAAGUCACUGUUUGAAAAAAAAUCUCUCAAAGAGAAGCCUCCAAUUUCUGGGAAGCAGUCAAUAUUAUCUGUACGCCUAGAACAGUGCCCUCUGCAGCUGAAUAACCCCUUUAACGAGUAUUCCAAAUUUGAUGGCAAGGGUCAUGUAGGUACAACAGCAACCAAGAAGAUCGAUGUCUACCUCCCUCUGCACUCGAGCCAGGACAGACUGCUGCCAAUGACCGUAGUGACAAUGGCCAGCGCCAGAGUGCAGGACCUGAUCGGGCUCAUCUGCUGGCAGUAUACAAGCGAAGGACGGGAGCCGAAGCUCAAUGACAAUGUCAGUGCCUACUGCCUGCAUAUUGCUGAGGAUGAUGGGGAGGUGGACACCGAUUUCCCCCCACUGGAUUCCAAUGAGCCCAUUCAUAAGUUUGGCUUCAGUACUUUGGCCCUGGUUGAAAAGUACUCAUCUCCUGGUCUGACAUCCAAAGAGUCACUCUUUGUUCGAAUAAAUGCUGCUCAUGGAUUCUCCCUUAUUCAGGUGGACAACACAAAGGUUACCAUGAAGGAAAUCUUACUAAAGGCAGUGAAGCGAAGAAAAGGAUCCCAGAAAGUUUCAGGCCCUCAGUACCGCCUGGAGAAGCAGAGCGAGCCCAAUGUCGCCGUUGACCUGGACAGCACUUUGGAGAGCCAGAGCGCAUGGGAGUUCUGCCUGGUCCGCGAGAACAGUUCAAGGGCAGACGGGGUUUUUGAGGAGGAUUCGCAAAUUGACAUAGCCACAGUACAGGAUAUGCUUAGCAGCCACCAUUACAAGUCAUUCAAAGUCAGCAUGAUCCACAGACUGCGAUUCACAACCGACGUACAGCUAGGUAUCUCUGGAGACAAAGUAGAGAUAGACCCUGUUACGAAUCAGAAAGCCAGCACUAAGUUUUGGAUUAAGCAGAAACCCAUCUCAAUCGAUUCCGACCUGCUCUGUGCCUGUGACCUUGCUGAAGAAAAAAGCCCCAGUCACGCAAUAUUUAAACUCACGUAUCUAAGCAAUCACGACUAUAAACACCUCUACUUUGAAUCGGACGCUGCUACCGUCAAUGAAAUUGUGCUCAAGGUGAACUACAUCCUGGAAUCGCGAGCAAGCACUGCCCGGGCUGACUACUUUGCUCAAAAACAAAGAAAACUGAACAGACGUACGAGCUUCAGCUUCCAGAAGGAGAAGAAAUCCGGGCAGCAGUGACACUGGCCUCCAGCCUCAAUCUAUUCCGUAGCUCAGAGCCUGCCUGCCAGGGCCAAGUGCCCUAGAGCCCACCCAGUGUCCUGAAGUCGUCCGGGGGAGGCCAGCCUCUGGCUCACUGGCACAGGGCAGGUAGGCUCUCGGGGAAGGUGUCAGGGGCCCCCUAGGAGGAGGCGCUGGGGACAUUGCCAUGGGACGGAAGCCUGCUUGGCAGUGGCUUUGAUCAGCGAUGCCUGGGGGUCAGACCACCCCCUAGAGGAGCCACGUGCCACCCAGCCACCUUCACUGCCUGCCACCCUGCCCGAGGAUGUACAGAGCCGUGCCCACACAUUUCCUUGCAACUUGAUCAAAUUUCUUAAAGCAAAGAACAAAAAUGUACAUUUCUGUUUUUCCUUUUAAUAAACAGGUGUACUCUUUA